AGAAUUGAACUGAACUGAAUUACAACGUAUGAGAACAGGCCCUAACUAUAGUUUUUUAAUUUAUACUCUAUAAGUAAGUUGAUAAUGGUCAAAAAAGUUCACUUGCAAGUGUAUUAAAAUAGUUCAUGUAGUUAGUGUGAAACGGGGAAAGUAUUUUAUUUUGUAUUUCUUUUUAUUUUAACAAUAUAAUCAAAGCAUGUGUCUUUAUCUGCCCAAGUUGCACGCACAACAAAAUUAAUUAAGCUUUUGAUUCACUAUAUAUACUUCAUGAACCACCUUACAAAAUAUAGUGAAACUUCCAUAAUUUCUUAUAAUUAUACUCGCAUUAUUCUCUUUUUUUUUUUCUUUUAUUUCAUACCCACCAAAAAUAGACAAUUAUGGAACCCAAAUCAAGUUCUCAACCUGUCAUAGAAAUUGUUAUAGAUCAACCAAAGUUGUUAUUAGCAAAUAAUAAUGAUGCCAACACCAAAGUUAACAUUUAUGAGUAUUUUGUAAAUACCAUAUUAGUUAAAUUUCAUGCAGGUUAUUUUAGAGUAAGUUUUUCCUUGUGUGCUCAAGCAUUACUAUGGAAAAACCUAAUCGAAUUCAUAAAAAAUAGCCACAACCACCAUCAUUUACGCGAUUUGGCUACAUUCCACAUGUUACCAUCAAUAGCUUGUACACUUUUAUGGUCAAUUGCUCUAGGCAUGUUAAUCUCACUAUCUUUUGUUUACGCGUUAAAAUGUAUAUAUCACUUUGGAAAAGUUAAGGGUGAGUUUUUACACCAUGUAGGGGUAAACUACUUGUUUGCACCUUCAAUGUCAUGCCUCUUAUUGCUACAAGCCUCACCUUUUAACCUACCAAUGCGCGAUAACAUCUAUAUGCGACUACUUUGGUGGGUAUUUGUGCUUCCAAUCAUCAUUCUAGACAUAAAAAUUUAUGGACAAUGGUUCACAAAGGGAAAGAGGUUAUUGUCAAGGGUGGCAAACCCUACUUGUCAACUAUCAAUUAUCGCGAAUUUGGUGGCUGCUAAGGCUGCCGUAGACAUGGGAUGGUUAGAGAUUGCUUUGUGUUUGCUCUCAUUGGCAAUGGCUCAUUAUUUGGUGUUGUUCAUUACGCUUUAUCAGAGACUUCCAGGGAGUAAUGGUGUGUCGAUGAUGCUAAGGCCGGUUUUCUUCUUGUUUAUCGCGACUCCAAGCAUGGCGAGCUUAGCUUGGGGCUCUAUAAAUGGAAAGUUUGAUGAAGGUUCCAAGAUGUUAUUCUUUCUCUCCUUGUUUCUCUUCAUGUCCUUGGUAAGUAGACCAACAUUAUUCCACAAAUCGAUGAGAAAGUUCAACAUAGCGUGGUGGGCAUAUUCGUUUCCUAUGACGUUACUAGCAUUGGCGUCAAUUGAGUAUGCGCAACAAGUGAAGAAUGGUGUUGCUCAUACGCUUGCUCUUGUGCUCUCAAGUCUUUCUAUUUUGGUCACUCUUGCUUUAAUGGUCCUUACUACCUUCAACGUCAACAAAUUGUUCACUCGCACUCAACCAAAUAACCAAUAAAUAUCUCUACUUACUUAUACUGAUUGAGACAGUAUAUACGAACAAUUAUAUAGUAUAUUCUUAUCCUCUAGGACAAUAAUAAGUGUAUGUUGGUACUUUUAGACCUCAUGUUGUGCAAUAUUAUACUAACAUGAGGUUUUGAAGUACCAAUAAAUGAUUAUUAUUGAUUCAUAUGCCCUUAAUAGGUUAAUUUUUCUUUCAUUCUUUCUUUUUCUUUUUUUAUUAUUAUCGAUGGAGGUCUAUGUAAUGAAAAAUUGAUCUUCAAUAGUAGACACCUUGCCUAAUUAAGUACUCCAUUUAUUUUAUUUUAUUUUAUUUAUUAUUUAUAUUUUAAGUAUAUUAAGAGAUGUAAGGAAAUUUGAUGUGUAGAUGAUGUUUUGAAAUAAGGGUCUAUUCUGAUUUAAUGAAUAGAACUGAACUAAACUGAAUAGAACUGAAAUGAAUAUUUUAUGAGAGAAGAAAAUUUUAAACUGAUUGGAGCUGAAUUGAACUGAAUCGAUUGAAGCUGAACUGACCCUAAGAACACAAGAUAUAACAUUUGCCUAACUCAUCAAAGAAUGACCAUCUCAGACUGUUUUCAUGAUUACCUUUGCUUUUAGUUGUGCUUAAGCCUAACAACUUAUAUUGCAUUAUAUUCAUAGCCUCGUUAUAAUCGUACUACUUUCAACAUUAUCAUAAUGCGGUAAAGGUUGUGAAUCCUUUCUCGAGUAAACAUCAUUGUGAAUACUGACGUUCCUCAUCCAUCACCUCUCCCUUGCUAAACGGAUGCAUCAUUGGUGGGUUGGUAUCAUGCCUCGAGUUUAAUCAUACGAUUCGCAAGCCCUCUUGAUUCGAUCGAGGUGCUCUUGAAAUGUAUAGUCAUAUUUACUAGCUCAAUCUGUCCUGACUCCUGAGUUGGAAGAGCAUAGACUUUACUUAAUAAAAGAUUGAAAAGAUGUUAACUUGAAAGAACAACAAUCAUAAACCGGAGUUGACACCGAGUUUAACAUUGGGUUGGACUUGAAAUUGGGUUCGACAUUAAGUUGAGUUAGAGACACUGAGAUGCAUACUUGAAGCUGGCUUAGAGCUAGGAGGGGAAGCUAAUCAGCAUGUAACUCUAAUUGUAGAGAACCCAAAAAAAAAAAAAAAAAAAAA